AUGUCCCGAGGCGAAUACUCACGAUUGCCAAUGUACGCCACAUCCAGCUCCUCCUCGUCCACACCCCGUCUCCGCUCAUCCUCCUCCACAUCCACUUUCAAAUCUAAAUCACCAUCGUUGACGACGGCCACUACGUCUCCGAUAACCGAUAUUUUCCAUCGACAACUCACGCCCUCGCCUUCAUCGCCAUCUUCACCACCGCCACCCUUCUCAUCACGACGACACCGGGAUCAUGAUCAUGACCGUGACCACGACCGACGGCGGUUCAGGUGGAACCGAGCGACUGCACAAUCACAAUCAAUAACGAACACGCUACAAUCACUCCUCCGACCCCGCGUCAUCUUGUCCAUCGUCAAAGUCGUCGUCCCAUUACUCGUCACAGUCGUAUUCGUGAGCUUAUUGAUAUGGGAGCCUCACAUCGAGCUCGCGUUCUACGAAAAAGCAUGGAUACAGAAGGAGAUUCUACCCGUAGGAUCUCUAGGAGGUUGUUUUGACGAAGGGAGGGUGAGCGAGCGGUAUAAUGUUAGUAGGAACAUCUAUGGUCCGAAGACGAACGAGGUGCAGGCGGGCGUGUCCUUGAAGCUCGGGAUGGACUGUUACGAUUUCGCAGGGACAGUACGGUCGAGCCCUUCCUCUCCAUCGAGGUUCGAGACCGGUCAAGAAGGAAGGACGCAUUUCCAUUCGUAUUGGAGGACGGACCUAGCGCCGUUCGGGGAACGACAGGCACAUAUGCUCAAGUCGUUUUUCGCUACUCAGCCGCUGGAGAGGUCGAAGCUUGUGCUGUGGUCGAACGGACCGCUGUCACCGUCGGAAAAACCGAAUCGGAUAUUGGACGAUUUUCUGAACAGGUAUCCGGAGUCUUUAGAGUUGAGGGUGGCGGAUGUGAGGGAGUUGGCGGUUGGGACGGAAUUGGAGGGCAGUGAGUUGUUGAGGAGUAGUGAUGAGAAGGCGUGGACGGACGGUGACCUUAUUCGGUUGUUGGUCGUGUGGAAGGACGGAGGGGUUUGGGUUGAUAUGGAUAGUCUGUUGACGAGGGAUCUUACCCCGCUGCUGGAGCACGAGUUCGUCACGCAGUGGGACUGCUACGACAAAAUAUAUUCUCCCUUCAACGGCGCGCUCCUCCACUUCCACGCCCAAUCACCCUACCUCUGCGAAGCCUUCCACUUAAUUGCAACUUCCCCUGCACCGAAACCUUCCUCGACAGACUGGGGCUCCCUCCUCUACCUCAAGCUCUGGCGUCGUCUUGUCCACUCAUCCAUCCCACCCUUCAAAAUCCUACCCUUCUGCUUCAGCGACGGACGCUCAUGUCGUCUCGAUAACCGACUGCCGGACCCUUUCGAAUCGGAUCCGAGUAAUGGGAAGUGGACACAGGGGUUGGGGAGGGAGGAGGGCGGCGGGCUGGACGGGGUACUGGGGAAGACUUUUGCGGUGCAUCUACAUAAUCAGUGGGAGAAGGAGUUUCCGGUGGGCGGGUGGGUUAGGAGGUUGUUGUUGAGUAGGCAUGAUAAUAUUCUGAAGGGAGAGGAGGCUGGGAGGGAUAAGAGGGAGGAAGGGGAGUUGUGA